GUUUUGUUGACAAAUGCUUUGACAAAAGCCGACAAAAAUCCAAAAGUAAAUCGGAAGCGAAACCUUUAGAAACCACUAUUUCUUUUUUAUUUUUAUUUAUAAAUAAUCCUGGACUGUUUAGUUUCUUAUGUACUUUUUACCAAUCCCUGUAACAGUGAUUUAUUCGUCGAGUUAUAUAUCGUGGUAAUGGUUCUGUGGAUUACACUUUCCAUGAAUAAUCAAUAUGGGUGAUUUAAAUUCAUCAGAUUGUUCUUGGAAGAAAAUGGUGAUUGCAAAAGCAAAUCAUGAAUGGAUUUCUAAACUAAAAUGUGAAAAUCGUGAAACAUUGGUUGUUGUGGAGGAUGAUGACGAGGAUGAAGUAGUAAACACCAACAAUUUCAGCAUACCUGAGGAUAGCUCUAUGAGCAAUGGUCUCAAAACUGAAAAUGUAGACGUAGACGCCGUCCAAAGCGGACAAAUACAAGGUGAACCAGAGAUAUUCACUCAAAAUUUAGACCCCCUAUUAAUAACAGCACCUAAGCAACGACGUCGUUCUGUUGUAAGGAGUCCCAAAAACGAGACGCCAGAAGAAAGAGCAGCCAGAUUAGCAAAAAUGUCUGCAUAUGCUGCUCAAAGACUUGCAAAUGAAUCUCCUGAGCAGCGAGCAGUAAGGUUGAAGAGGAUGUCUGAUUAUGCUGCAAGACGUUUAGCACAAGAGACAAGUGAACAAAGAGAAUUAAGGCUGGCUAGGAUGUCUGCAUAUGCAGCAAAGAGGCUCGCUCAGGAAACACCGGAGCAGAGACGCACUCGGCUUACACGCAUGUCAGCUUAUGCGGCCAGGAGACAAGCUAUGAGGAAAAUUAUGGACACCGCAGCAAAGACCAAGAAAAGUUUAUCUGAAAAUUAAGUUUAUCAUAUAAAGUUUGUACUAACAUAUUGUUUGCAUGCAUUUUAUUGUCAGGAACACAAUGCCUGCUAAAAUAAUAAUUUUCUCUGGUGUUUUAUACAAAGUGAAACUGCACACGUCUGUAAGUAAGGUUGGGAGUAUGGGAGGUGUAAUUACUUGUUUUUGUAAGUAUGAAAGUGUGCACCCACUCCAUGUGGACCACAGCUAUCUUUUUCUCAUACAAAUUUCACCUUCAUGCUCCCCGUUUUUUGUGCUUGUAGUAAAAAAUAUUUAUUUAUAUUAUGUUUGCAGAGUAUGAAUUCGGCAAAAAUAUUUUUUGCUACUAAAACUUUUUGUGGUUUGUUUAGAUAAAUUUUACCACCAGGAAAUGUGAUUAACUCCGUAUUGCUGUCACAAAUUGACAACAUUUCAAAUAAUUUUUUUUAAAAUUUAUUAUGUAAUUUUAACCAUAGUUUAAAGACUCCCAUUUUUACUUUUUGAUUUGAGGACCUAUUAAUAAAUUUUUGUUUUUGCUUUUUGUGAUGUUUAAAUACAAUACUUAAAAAAUAUGUAUUGUAACUAACUUCUCUUCAUCAUAGAGAUGAAAUCACAGCCUUGAUAUUGAUUUUAUUAAUUUACUCAAAAAUUAAUUCACAAAAAUGUUUUUUUGGUGGUCUGUAAAAAUAUGAAAUGUUGUCUAGUGAGACAGUAUAAUAAUUAGUCACAUGUCUCCCAAUGUUUUGCACUCAAUCAUCACAAAUUGAAUAUCACAAUAUUAGUAGUCACUAUUCAAUCAACUCAUAAGAAAAUCAAUAUAAAACCAUGAGAAAUAAAAUAUAUUUUAAUUAUAUUGUUAAAUGUACAUGGAAAUAAAAUACAUUUAUACCUAAUUACAAAUUGAAACAACCAAGUUAUGCACAAGCGACAUAUUAUCAAGUUACCCCACACAGACAACUUUUGAUAACAGUUUAUAGUUUGUCAGGGACUGGUACCACAGAGUGCAAUAAAAUAAAAUUAAUUGUAAGCACAAAACGCCAGGGCAAGGAUAAUUUUCGCACUGGAUGUAUCCAAUGUUAGCAAGCCCAGCCCAAUUAAAUAGAUUUUCAAUGUCUCAUGAAGUAAUUUGAUAAGAUGUUGUCAACAUUUGGCAGAUGAGAUUCAGCUAGUCGAGGAAUGUUAUCUCAGUCCGAACCUACUUUUACAAUAAAGUAACCCUACACCUAAUAGAAAUAAGAACAUUAUUAUAUUUUUAACAAAUAUAGACAAACAAAAAAAUUUUUGUUUAUUUAAUGUUUUCCUUAACUUAGAUCAUAAUUUUUCCAGUGUCCUUAUUUUAAUAGCAGCAAAUAAAUUGCACAACAUUAUAACAUUAUCAUUAUCACAAUAAUACUUAUUUAUCAUACACACUUAUUUUUUUAAAAUGUCAAAAUAAUAUAGUUUAUACAUGAAACAAAAGUAUCAUAGUCACACUUAAAAAUAUGACUGAAUUUUUUAUACAAAUUGUAUAAAUUUAA